AGAUCCACCCACUUUCUGUUGGGUUUUGUGGAGGCUUGGGCUUGUGUUGUUGGCCCGGCCCAUGUUAUGUAACCCUAGGGUUUUUUCCCUAUCCUAUAUAUAUUGAGCCUUGUACUUGUAAUUCUGGGAGACACGACAAGUGAAAUAGAAAUCCUCCUGUUGCAGCCGUGGAUUAGGGAAACCGAACCACGUUAAAUUCUUGUGUGUCGUCCGUAUUCCGUUUCUCUCGUUUCUCACAUAUUAUUUGUGUGUGUUGUGUGUUUAAUUCCCAACAAGUGGUAUCGGAGCCGGGUUGUUCAACAGGAACGCAAAUUGUGAGAAAUUGUUACCUAGGGUUCUUGUGUGAAGAACCGUGUGGAUCCAGAUCGGGUGUGUGUGGCCGUUCAAUUGAGGAGCGCCGCUGUGUAGGCUAUUUGCGUAGCCACUGCGAUCCAGAGGAGAAUCGCGAGCAACACAGAAGCGCCGCUGCUAGCCGCUCGCAAAGGACCGUCGCGUCAGAAUCGCGCAGAAGCAAAGGAGAGCCGCCGCCGCCGCGUUGAGGAACCGCCGCAGCCAUCGAUAGCAGAUCCAGAGCCGUCGCCGCUGCCGAAGGAAAAAGGUUUUUUUUUGGGUGGAGCGAAGAAAGAGAAAAUUGGGCCGUGUGUGUGUUUUUAUUGGUUUGGGCUGAUUUUUAAUUGAAGUGGUGGACCUGUUUUUCUGACGAAAUUACCAAGACCUGAAAUUAGUUGUACCGGGUAUCUCGUUUGGUCGUGUGAUAUGGCAGAAGACGGGAAGUUCCGAAUUGAGAAGUUCGACGGUACAUAUUUCAGUUGGUGGAAAAUGCAAAUUGAAGAUUUGCUGGUUCAGAAAGAUUUGGACGUGGUAUUGGGUGACAAGCCAGAAAAAUUGUCUGAUGUAGAUUGGGCAGUUUUGGAUCGGAAAGCAAUGUCCGUGAUCCGUCUCUCGUUGACCAAGAAUGUUGCGUUCAACAUUCUGAAGGAGAAGACAGUGAAGGGAAUUAUGGAAGCGCUGUCUAACAUGUACGAGAAGCCAUCUGCAGCGAACAAAGUUUUUCUGAUCAGAGAGCUGGUGAACACAAAGAUGAGAGAAUGCACUUCAGUUACCGAGCAUAUCAAUAAGUUGAAUUCGAUCUUAGCCAGACUUUUGUCAGUGGGCAUUAAGUUCGAUGAUGAAGUUCAAGCUUUACUGCUGCUAUCGUCUUUACCUGAUAGUUGGUCCGGAACGGUUACUGCAGUUACCGGUUCAGUGGGACCCGAUGGAUUCACCUUUGAUCAGAUUCGAGAUCUCGUUCUUGGCGAGGAUGUCAGAAGAAAGAGUUCGGGGGAGUCAUCUGGUGAAUUGCUUCAUGUUGGUAGAGGCAGAAGAAAUAGCAGAGGUAGUGGGAGCGGGAACAGACGAAGGAGUCAGUCGAAGACUCGGGAUAGCUCAGGUGUAACGUGCUGGAAGUGCAAGGAGGUGGGGCAUUUUAGGAAUCAAUGCCCGAAUGAUAAGAAAGUGAACAUUGCUCAAGGCUCUGCGAGUGACGAGGAGGUCACUCUGACUUGCUGUGAGGAAAGCAAUGUGGAUUCCUGGGUCAUGGAUUCUGGUGCUUCAUUUCAUGCUACCCACAGCGGUGAAGCAUUGCAGAAUCUGGUUAUUGGAGACUUUGGAAAGGUUCGACUUGCAGACGACAGUGCUCUUGAUUUGGACGAACAGGGACAUGAGGUGAAGUUCAGAAAUGGGCAGUGGAAGGUCGUGAAGGGAAAUCUUGUCAUGGCCCGUGGAAAGAAGAGAGGUUCGCUGUAUAUGGUCGAGUUACCAUCUGAGGGAGUGACCGUCCCAGUUCAGAAGAGAAACAAAGUCCGGUUCACAGAGUCUCGUGGGCAGAAUAAGGUAGUCUAUGCAAGAGAGAAACCUAGAGCCACAGGUCAGACUCAGGUUGGACGAGCGAGGAAUGAUUCAAGGUGGCCAGUCAGAGGUAUUUGUGGCAGUGGGAGCUCAAGAGGCGCUUCAGCCAAGUUGCCUAGAAGACAGUGGGUCACGAGAUUAUCCCGAGAUUAAAAAAAAGUGGAAAGUCGAGCUUAUAAUUUAAAAACUACGAUUCUUUUAUCCCGCAUCUCCAUAUUAUUUUGAUUAGCGAAAUAAAUACUCUCCCGCAUC